UGCCGGGCGGUGCUGCACCCCCGGCGGCAGCCCCGCCGCACCUCCGCGCCCCGGGCGGCUCCGUGCCCCGGCGCCUCUCCCGGAGCAGGCUCUGCGGAGGGCAGAGACGGCGGCGGGAUCUGAGGCACCUCGCGGGGACAUGCCGGCGGAGCGCGUCCGGAGACUGUACCUUCAGUAAAGCUCUGUGGAAGAUAGAUGUGUGUGCUGCAAUGGUGACAUAAAUAUUUCAGAGGACUGGAACAAGUUGUUGAGAAUCUGUGUUUGUUUUUCAUGCUGCUGUUGAGAGCUGUCUAAGGCAAGUAAACACCAUGAAUUUUAUCCUGAAACUUCACAGACAUUUUCAAAGAACAGUAAUUUUGCUGGCCACUUUUUGUAUGGUGAGCAUAGUUAUUUCUGCCUACUACUUGUAUAAUGGCUACAAACAGGAAAAUGAACUCCCUGAAACCUCUUCAGAAGUGGAAUGUGGUGAUGCUCAACUGUUGCCUUACAAGCUGAUGGAGGUGAAGACCACGAAGCCUGUUGAUCCCCUGAGGACAGAGCUUGUAGUGCUGGUGUUUGUGGAAAGCCAGUACUCAGCGUUAGGCCAAGAUAUCAUAACCAUUCUGGAAUCCAGCAGGUUUCAGUUUCACAUUGAGAUUGCAUCUGGGAAAGGUGACCUCCCAGUGCUUAUAGACAAGAACAAAGGCAAGUACGCUCUCAUAGUGUAUGAGAAUAUUCUUAAGUACGUGAACAUGGACUCGUGGAACAGAGGCCUUCUAGAUAAGUACUGCACAGAAUACGGUGUGGGUGUGAUCGGAUUUCACAAAGGCAAUGAGAACAGCUUGCAGAGCUUGCAGUGGAAGGGUUUUCCUUUCCAUGUCCACAGCAAUCUGGGUGUUAAGGACUGUUGCAUUAACCCUCAUUCCCCACUGCUCCAUGUGACUAAACCUUCUAAGCUUGAGAAGGAGCCCUUGCUUGGAAAUGACUGGGCUGUUUUCCAGAUUAAUCACACAACUUAUCAGCCAGUGAUAUUUGCAAAAGUAAAGACGCCAGAAAACCUUUCUCCACCUGCUGCUCUCUAUGCCACAGUAAUUCAUGACUUGGGGCUCCACGAUGGGAUUCAACGAGUCCUUUUCGGCAAUAACUUGAAUUUUUGGCUGCACAAGCUGAUUUUCAUAGAUGCCAUCUCUUUCCUCUCUGGAAAGAAGCUCACACUGUCCUUGGAUAGGUACAUUCUGGUUGACAUAGAUGAUAUCUUCGUUGGCAAGGAUGGAACAAGGAUGAACACCAACGAUGUGCAGGCCCUGCUUGAUACUCAGAAUCUUUUGAGAGCCCAGAUUACAAAUUUUACUUUCAACCUGGGAUUUUCAGGAAAAUUUUAUCACACAGGGACGGAGGAGGAGGAUGAGGGUGAUGACCUGCUGCUGAGAUCUGUGGAUGAAUUCUGGUGGUUUCCCCACAUGUGGAGUCACAUGCAGCCACACCUCUUCCACAAUGAGUCCUCACUGGUGGAGCAGAUGAUCCUCAACAAAAAAUUUGCCUUGGAACAUGGUAUUCCAACUGACUUGGGCUAUGCAGUGGCUCCACACCACUCAGGAGUCUAUCCAGUACAUGUUCAACUUUAUGAUGCCUGGAAAAAGGUCUGGAACAUCAGAGUAACCAGCACAGAAGAAUACCCACAUCUGAAACCUGCAAGGUAUAGACGAGGCUUCAUCCACAAAAACAUCAUGGUGCUUCCAAGGCAAACUUGUGGCUUAUUCACCCACACUAUUUUCUAUAAAGAGUAUCCUGGAGGUCCAAAGGAAUUAGACAAAAGUAUUCAAGGAGGAGAGUUGUUCUUCACAGUGGUUCUCAAUCCAAUCAGCAUCUUCAUGACACACCUGUCCAAUUACGGCAACGACCGCCUGGGCUUGUACACCUUUGUCAACCUGGCCAACUUCGUGCACACCUGGACAAACCUGCGACUGCAAACCCUGCCCCCCGUCCAGCUGGCUCACAAGUAUUUUGAGCUAUUCCCUGAGCAGAAGGACCCUCUCUGGCAGAACCCCUGUGAUGACAAACGGCACAAAGAUAUCUGGUCUAAGGAAAAAACCUGUGAUCGGUUACCAAAAUUCUUGGUUGUAGGACCCCAGAAAACUGGUACUACAGCCUUGUAUUUGUUCCUGAUCAUGCAUCCUUCCAUCAUUAGUAACUCCCCCAGCCCAAAAACCUUUGAGGAGGUACAGUUCUUUAAUAGAAAUAACUACCACAGGGGGAUUGAUUGGUACAUGGAUUUCUUUCCAACUCCUUCUAAUGUCACCACUGACUUCCUCUUUGAGAAAAGUGCCAACUAUUUCCAUUCUGAGGAAGCUCCCAGGAGAGCUGCUUCCCUCAUCCCCAAGGCCAAGAUCAUCACCAUCCUCAUUGACCCGUCGGACCGCGCUUACUCCUGGUACCAGCAUCAGCGAUCCCAUGAAGAUCCUGCAGCUCUGAAAUUCAGCUUCUAUCAGGUGAUCACAGCUGGCCCUCGAGCCCCCUCUGAGCUCAGAGCUCUGCAGAAGAGAUGCCUGGCACCUGGAUGGUAUGCUACCCACAUUGAGAGAUGGCUCACUUACUUCCCACCUUACCAGUUGCUGAUUAUUGAUGGACAGCAGCUGAGAACUGACCCAUCUACUGUAAUGGAUGAAGUACAGAAGUUUCUGGGAGUCUCUCCUCAUUAUAAUUACUCUGAAGCCCUAACGUUCGAUUCUCAUAAAGGAUUCUGGUGUCAGCUCUUGGAAGAAGGAAAAACCAAGUGUCUUGGAAAGAGCAAAGGCAGAAAAUACCCUCCUAUGGAUUCUGAGUGCAGGGCCUUUCUGUCGAGCUACUACAGAGAUCACAAUGUGGAACUGUCAAAACUCCUCCACAGACUGGGACAGCCCCUGCCAUCGUGGCUGAGACAGGAACUACAGAAAGGUGAAUAUUUAAAAAUGUGCAUCAGAUGGUGGAAAAACUUCCUAUGUCUCAGUGCUGUUUUACGACAUUUAUGUAAUCAUGCAAUUUAACUUUCAAGGUAAUGGAAUGGAAGCCAGUCUGGUAUUCCCUAAAUAGAAAACAGAUGUUGAGAUCCUUACUGUACCUCUAACUGGUAAUCUUUAUUAUUUAUUGAUUUUUGUCUAUGUAAUACGUGGUUUUGAUAGGCCUGUAAAGAAAAAAACCUAGACAGAUUCAGAUUUGCUGUAUAUAACAAUAUUCUUUACACAGCACAUUUUUGCUAAGGGAAUAUGCAUGAUUAAGGAUGAGGACCUACUAGAGUAGACAUUUUUUAAGAUGAACAUUUCUAUUAUUUAUUAGAAUGAGAAUUUCAUUUCACUUUAAAUAUUCAGUCAUAUGGAUUUGUCUCAAAAGCUGACUUGACUUAAAGUACUUCUUCUUUGAUAAAAGAAACAUUCUGGAUUCUGAACAUCUGUAAAAGCAAAAGCUCUGCAUGCUAUGGACUGCUCAUGCAUCCUGCAAGCAUCCACAUAGAUUUGUUGAAUAACUGGAGAAAAUACCUGGGGUUUUCAUCCUGUCAUGAUUGAUUUUACUCUUGAUACAACCUGCUGUAACAUCACUCAAAUGUUUUAGAAAUGCAGGGAUUGCACAAAGCUCCUUUUGUGCAUUGCUGCCUCAGUUCUCCAUGUUCUUCAAUGAAACAGUGUUAUAAAAUCGAGGAAAAUGGGACAAACCUUGGGCACUGUCAAGAGCCUGGUGUUUUCAGGGUGAGAACACAGACUGAGUGCCUCCUACAUGCAGGAGGAGGAAUGGCCUUCAGCAUCAUUCCUAGUUCAUUCUUUGUUUUAAAGAAUUCCCUCUCUGUCUUCUUGCCCUGGGAAAGCAAGGCCCUGACAGGGUGAGCAUGAGUGGGCAGUCAAGGACAGGGUGGUGUCAUUGGUCACAUUGUCCCCUGGGGAAUUGUACAGCCCAUCUGUGGUCACCAUGAGGUACUGGCACAAUAAAUCCUCCACAUGCACGGCCUCGGCCUUGGCUGGAUUAUUAGUUGGUUGUAAAAGGAUGGUAUGAAGCCAUGGGGGGUUUUAAUUCCAGAAUUGUUCUGUUGAAAUGUGUUCUUCCAUUUAACAGGAGCCUUUAAAAAGCACGUGUAACAUGCAGCCAGCUUGGUGGAGGAGGAGGAGGAGGCUGAGCACAGCAUGCAGCCAGCAGCUGGGUGUGUGUCAGGGGAUGCACCCGAGCACAGGGGAGCAACCUGCUCAC